AUGGCUUCCAAGACCCGAGCAGCAGCUUUGGCAGGCGCGGCAGCGCUGGGUGGCGCGGCUUUUGUGGCGCCCGUGGCGCCAACGACGACGACCCCGGCACUUCGCGCUACAGCGGGAAAGGCCACAGCGGCCACUUCGCCAUCUGAGGCGCCCAAGGCGCUCGCAGUCGCGGGUGCCGCCCUGGCCGCUUUGGCAGGGCGCAAGGCCUUCGUCCCCAGCGCGAAGCCUCACAUGGUGGCUUUGAGUGCCUUCGAGAACGAGCUCGGCGUGCAGGCUCCUGUGGGAUUUUGGGAUCCCGCUGGUUUUACCGCGGACGGCAGCACCGAGAACUUUGCACGCAGGCGCCAGACGGAGUUGAAGCAUGGCAGGAUUUCCAUGCUGGCAACCAUGGGCUAUAUCACUCCUGAGAUCACGGGAAAAUUCCCGGGCUAUCUGAGCCCUUCCGCAGGCUUGAAGUUCGCGGAUGUCCCUAACGGACUUGCGGCAAUUUCCAAGGUGCCCGCUGCGGGCUGGGGUCAGAUCUUGGCUUACAUGGCCUUCUGCGAGGUGUCCCAGGACCAGUCGGCUGGAACUCCUGCUGCGGCAGGUGACUUCGGAUUCAAGGUGCUCACCGCAUCCGACCCGGAGGCCAAGAAAACUAAGCUUGCAGCCGAGCUCGCGAACGGUCGCCUGGCCAUGAUGGCCAUCAUCGGCAUGUUCUUUCAGGAUGGCUUGACCGGAAGCGCCUGGGGUGACUGGGCCAACUACACCGCUUCGCCUCUGCGAGCUUUCGAGAACGAGCUCGGCGUGCAAGCACCAGUCGGAUUUUGGGAUCCCGCUGGUUUUACCGCGGACGGCAGCACCGAGAACUUUGCACGCAGGCGCCAGACGGAGUUGAAGCAUGGCAGGAUUUCCAUGCUGGCAACCAUGGGCUAUAUCACUCCUGAGAUCACGGGAAAAUUCCCGGGCUAUCUGAGCCCUUCCGCAGGCUUGAAGUUCGCGGAUGUCCCUAACGGACUUGCGGCAAUUUCCAAGGUGCCCGCUGCGGGCUGGGGUCAGAUCUUGGCUUACAUGGCCUUCUGCGAGGUGUCCCAGGACCAGUCGGCUGGAACUCCUGCUGCGGCAGGUGACUUCGGAUUCAAGGUGCUCACCGCAUCCGACCCAGAGGCCAAGAAAACUAAGCUUGCAGCCGAGCUCGCGAACGGUCGCCUGGCCAUGAUGGCCAUCAUCGGCAUGUUCUUUCAGGAUGGCUUGACCGGAAGCGCCUGGGGUGACUGGGCCAACUACACCGCUUCUCCUCUGCGAGCUUUCGAGAACGAGCUCGGCGUGCAGGCACCAGUCGGAUUUUGGGAUCCCGCUGGUUUUACCGCGGACGGCAGCACCGAGAACUUUGCACGCAGGCGCCAGACGGAGUUGAAGCAUGGCAGGAUUUCCAUGCUGGCAACCAUGGGCUAUAUCACUCCUGAGAUCACGGGAAAAUUCCCGGGCUAUCUGAGCCCUUCCGCAGGCUUGAAGUUCGCGGAUGUCCCUAACGGACUUGCGGCAAUUUCCAAGGUGCCCGCUGCGGGCUGGGGUCAGAUCUUGGCUUACAUGGCCUUCUGCGAGGUGUCCCAGGACCAGUCGGCUGGAACUCCUGCUGCGGCAGGUGACUUCGGAUUCAAGGUGCUCACCGCAUCCGACCCAGAGGCCAAGAAAACUAAGCUUGCAGCCGAGCUCGCGAACGGUCGCCUGGCCAUGAUGGCCAUCAUCGGCAUGUUCUUUCAGGAUGGCUUGACCGGAAGCGCCUGGGGUGACUGGGCCAACUACACCGCUUCUCCUCUGCGAGCUUUCGAGAACGAGCUCGGCGUGCAGGCACCAGUCGGAUUUUGGGAUCCCGCUGGCUUUACCGCGGACGGCAGCACCGAGAACUUUGCACGCAGGCGCCAGACGGAGUUGAAGCAUGGCAGGAUUUCCAUGCUGGCAACCAUGGGCUAUAUACUCCUGAGAUCACGGGAAAAUUCCCGGGCUAUCUGA